UUUUUGUCUUCUUCCUCGCCUCUUGGAACCUGCUUUCCCCUUUAACGGUGAGAUUUGUGUUGUGCUAUCCCGACCCUAUCCUCAAGAACUGCAAAAUGGAGAAGCCCUUGGGAAGGUUCCGAAGGGGUCAUAGAGAAGAAGGCCAGGACCAGAGGAGAGUCCCCGCGCUGCAGAGCAGUGACCUCCCCCAAGGGCGGAGUUCCCGAUCCAUCUAGCCCUCCUUUAUCCUCCCAUCGAGGGAGGAGGCUUGGUCUUCAGCCUGCACACCCCUCAAUUUACCCGGUAGCCUUCGAGGAGAGGACGCCAGACCUCGGACGUCUCUCUCCAUGCAUCCCCGAGGCCGCGGGCUCCCGUAGGCUCCCCGUGUCCCCGAGUUAUAGUCGGGACUCCUCGGUCUCGGGUGAUUGUCGGGUCCCCACGGGCCCGGGUCGCUGGGGCGGAUCAGGUCUCCGCGCCUUCUGAGGGCGCCCGACGAGGCCACAGGCAAGAUGAACAUUCUGGCGCCGGUGCGGAGGGACCGCGUCCUGGCAGAGCUGCCCCAGUACCUGAGGAAGGAAGCAGCUUUGCACGUGCGCAAAGACUUCCAUCCCCGGGUCACCUGCGCUUGCCAGGAGCACCGGACAGGCACCGUGGGCAGAUUUAAAAUCUCCAAGGUCAUUGUGGUGGGGGACCUGUCGGUGGGGAAGACUUGUCUCAUUAAUAGGUUCUGCAAAGACACUUUUGAUAAGAAUUACAAGGCCACCAUUGGAGUGGACUUUGAGAUGGAACGAUUUGAGGUGUUGGGCGUUCCCUUCAGUCUGCAGCUCUGGGAUACUGCUGGACAGGAGAGAUUCAAAUGCAUUGCAUCAACCUACUACCGAGGAGCUCAAGCCAUCAUCAUUGUCUUCAGUCUGAAUGAUGUGGCCUCCCUGGAACAUACCAGGCAGUGGCUCGCUGACGCACUCAAGGAGAAUGACCCUUCCAGUGCGCUUCUCUUCCUCGUGGGUUCCAAGAAGGACCUGAGUACUCCUGCUCAGUAUGUGCUAAUGGAGAGAGACGCACUCAAGGUGGCCCAAGAGAUGAAGGCUGAGUACUGGGCAGUCUCAUCUCUCACCGGUGAAAAUGUCCGGGAAUUCUUUUUCCGUGUGGCGGCGCUGACCUUUGAGGCCAAUGUGCUGGCUGAGCUGGAGAAAUCGGGGGCCCGGAGCAUUGGGGAUGUUGUCCGCAUCAACAGCGAUGACAACAACCUAUACCUAACUGCCAGCAAGAAGAAGCCUGCAUGUUGCUUUUGAGGGAUGAGGGGUUGCUCAGCCCUGGAGCACUGUGCCACCUUGACUCCCCCAGACCUCUACCCCUGGACAUUUGCACUGACUGUUAUUACAGACCAAAGAGCUGCCCCUUGGUGGCGGUAGCCCCAGAGGGGUAGUUGGGACCAUGCUAGUUACUUCCUGCCCCUAGGCACCAUACCAAAGACUGGAUGCCCCCUUCCUCCCGGGGGAUCUGCAGGGUGCCCACGAGUGGAGAGAUGGUCCCUGCUGUUUAUGCUCCACCUGCAGGGCCCUUUGGGUAUGAGGGUGCUUAAUGGUCCCAGCCUUACACCGUGCCUUAUGCAUUAAAUUCUGUUAUUAGCAGU